AUGAGUAAACCUAAAUAAGACGAAUUAUAAACUGAUAUUAUUCCGAUAUAAUAUAUAAAUAAAUAAUAGUUUUAUUUAUAUUCUACACUAGAUUUUAUGCUAAAAAGAUGUGAUUAUUCUAUUGAAACUGGGAAUUAAAUUUUUAGAAAAAGAAAAGCAAACAUCCUUUUUCAUAAAAAUUUUACAUAAGAAAAGAAAAAAACUUUAGUUUUUUUUGUAGUAAAUAAAAAUUUGAAGAAUCAAUCAAUCAAUCAAUCGAUCAUUCAUUACAAUCUUUACCUUAUAGAUUAUUUUUAAUUUAGAAAAAAAAUUUUGAGUGUAAACUAAUUCAAAAGUUCCAAUUUACUUAAAAAGAUUAUAUAUUCAUUCAUAUAACAAUUACCACUUUCUCGUACUAAAUUUAUUUAUCCUGUGGUUAAAAGUUUUUUAACUUUCCAAGGCUUAGCAUAAAAAGUGUUAGAUAAUCUGGGAAAAAAGAAUAUUUUGGUAUUCUUAAAAAUUAAAGCAGUCAAUUAUAUUAUUAUUCUAUUUAUAUUUAUUUAUCUAAGCAAUAAUUAUUUCAGAAAGUUUUCUUAGAAAAAGGAAGUAUUAGAUAAAUUCUUUCUUUUAAAGUUGUUAAAAAGAUAGAUAUUUUGA